CUCGGCGGUACGGCGAUAAAGCUGAGACAGACACACAGCACUCAUCAAGACUCACGGUGGUCCAACACACCUUCCAUGUACCUUCCACAGCUUCAGCUUCAGCUUCAGCUUCAGCUUCAACGGGCCUUGUAACUUAUAAGUGCCAAUUCUACACAAAAUACAUUCAAAGGCCAUUCCCGAGCCCGCCACUCUCCACAAGGACCGCCUUCCAUCCAGCCAGACCACGACUCCCACAUCCCUUCCAGCUACCGCCACUCACCACAAUAUAAUCCACAAUGGCCGACGAGUUCGAGCUUUCCCGCUUCCGCGAGCAAUGGAAGGAAGAAGUAACAGCACGCACGCACCCACAGGCGGCGUCGUCUUCCGCGUCCGCGUCCGCCGCCGCAGCGCGAUCCCACAAGCCACGACUGCCAUCAUUCUCGCACGCCCGGCCCACCGCAAAGGACACCAACGUCGAUGACGACGACAUUGUGGACGAGCUCCCAGUAUCGAGUAAACACAUACCGACGUCUCCGCCUCGCGCCGCGCGGCAGCCCUCGUUCUCCGCCACCACGGGCGUACCCAAGAGCGCGCUCGAGCACUACGAGAAAGCGGUCGAGAAAGAGGGAGAGGGAAAUCUAGGCGAGAGUCUGCGGCUCUACCGCCAGGCAUUCCGCAUGGACGACGCUGUCGAUAAGGCCUACAAGGAUAAACACUUCCCACGUGUCCCGGCAGCAGCAGCAGCAGCAGCAGCAGCAGCGAACGUGCCGGCCCAUGGCAAGGGGAAGGCGGUUGCCGCCCGCACCCCGCACGUUCCGGAGGCCGUCGUCCACCUCCCGAUUCCGCCGGGGACCUCGGAACUAGUGGCUUCGUUCGCCGGGUUGGCAAUCGCGCCGAUCGCCGAAACGGCUCUCGCUGCCGACGACGGUGCCGCCACCACCACUACCCAGGCGGAGGAGGAGGACGAGGAGGCCGAGAAAAAGAAAUUCUGUCUCUUUGCCGAAGUCCCGUCCGAGCUCCUGCUGCACAUCCUCCGCUUCACCGCGCUGGCCGAUAUCGCCUCGUUCGCGCGGCUAGCACAGGUCUGCAAGAGCCUCUGCUACGUCGUUGUCACCGAGGACCGCAUAUGGCGCGACGUGUGCAAGGCCACGUUCCCGCGGCAAGUCUGGGACUGGAAAGUGAGCGUGGGCGGACACCCUCUGAUCGACGAGCUCCUAGGCGGUAACGACUUCGCGGUAUCCAACGAGCAAGACGACAACAACGAAGAGGAGGAGGCUCAGCGGACCGCCCCGGUGGACGAAGAGCAACUCCCACUGUACCACUCCUCCUGGCGGGAAAUGUUCCACCUGCGCCCUCGGCUGCGCUACAACGGCGUAUACAUCAGCACGUGCAACUACCACCGGAGUGGCGGGCACAGUGGGACCAGCCUGUCGUGGGGCACGCCCGUGCACAUCGUCACGUACUACCGCUACCUGCGCUUCUACCCGGACGGCACGCUGCUCUCGCUGCUGAGCACACACGAGCCCGCCGACGUCGUCUACACGUUCAGCAAGCUCGCUUUGCCCACGUCGCUGCACGACUGGGCGCCGCAUGUCGCCCGCGGCAGGUGGAGGGUCGAUUCAGCCGGACAGGUCGAUAUCGAAACUGAGGCGCAGAAUCUCCCGAGAUACCUCUUCCGCAUGCAGCUGCGCAUCAGGGAGGCCCGCGGCCGCAUGAAUACCGUCAGGGGAGGCGCGAAACUUAACUGGGAGGGGUUCUGGAGCUGGAAUAAGCUCACGGAUGACCUGGGCAAGUUUGAAGGCAGGAAUGAUAAGCCGUUCUUCUUUUCACGCGUGGCGGCGGUGGAGAAGGAGGGCGUUGUUUAGAGGAAUUGUGUUUGUUUUGUAGUGCUGCUUGUAGAGUAGAGGGGCUGCAGAGGCUUGUAUAUAAUUACAAGGUAUGGUAGAUGUGUAUAUCAAUGACUGAUGAAUUUCCUUACAUUUCACUUCUCUUCGGUCUGGGGGAACGGGUAUCCUCUAUGAGGUAUAUAUGGCACAAGUUUGCAUC